GUUUUUUUCACACGUUGGAUGCUGAUGUGUACCAAUCCCGCCCGUUUCAGAGCAAUGGAGCAUGGAAUGUCAGUCAUUUGUGCUGCAGGGAAUAAUGGCCCAAUUCAAAGCUCAGUAGCCAACACAGCCCCCUGGAUUGCUACCAUCGGUGCAAGCACGCUCGACCGGAGGUUUCCAACCGUAGAUCGAAUGGGUACCGGAAAACUCCUUUACGGAGAAUCAUUGUCCCCAGGAAAGCAGAUGCCAGGUUCUGGAAGUGAACUUAAAGUUGUUUACGUUACCAAAGGGAACACGGGAAGUGAAUUUUGCUUAAGAGGGUCCCUUCCAAGAUCAAAAGUUCGAGGAAAGAUGGUGGUCUGUGAUCGAGGUGUGAACGGUAGGGCAAAGAAGGGUGAAGUAGUAAAGGAGGCUGGUGGUGCUGCAAUGAUACUGGCAAACACAGUGAUAAACUUGGAAGAAGACUCUGUGGAUGCCCAUGUCUUGCCAGCAACUUUGCUUGGCCACGCAGAGGCAAUACAUCUUAAGGCAUACAUAAACUCCACCAGGAAUCCCAGAGCUCGAAUCAUCUUCGGAGGAACCGUCAUCGGAAGAUCAAGAGCACCUGCAGUAGCAGAGUUUUCAUCUAGGGGGCCAAACUUAUUUGACCCUUCAAUCCUUUUCUUUCUGCCCUCGUUUGGUUCACAAGGACAGCAUUGCAAGAGAGAACUAGCUUGCAGGGAUCAUGGGAAGAGCUCCAUGCUUGGCAACGCAGGCAGCAGCAGCGGCAACGCACCCAGCGGCAACGCAGACAGCCCAGCGGCAACGCAGACAGCCCAGCGGCAAUAUAGGACCGACGGCAACACAAAACGAGCGGCAACGAUGAUCAAUCUGGAGAUGCCGUCACCGGAGAAGAACUAUUGAAGAUCGCUGAACCUUGACAACCUUGGCUGAACCUCCUCUUCUGUGUGUUCCCAAACCCGAACCCUUCAACAAUUUCGAUUAUUCAUCUCCACAAUCCCACAAUAUUGUGAGUUCUGCAACAUUGCCUGUGUUAACUGAUACCGGUUGUGGAGUCCUGACUAAUUUCAAUGGACCUCAAAGCCUGCUCUUUUCUUCACCAGAUGUCGGUCAUGGUUCCCAAUUCGUCCCUACCCAUAUUUGUACACAUCAGCAUCCAGCGUGUAAAAAAAGGAUAUGCUGGCA